UGAAAAAAAAUUAAAAAACUAAUUAUUUUAUGAUGAAGAGAGUCUGUAAAGCCCAACAUUCCAUUAAUUAAUUAAGAGUUUAAUCCUUUAUGUUAGAGCUCUGAAGCUCAAAUCAUGGGAUGGGUAGGGUGGUUUGGGAAGAGGAGAGAUACAGCCUAUUGUAUAGUAUAGGCCAUAGCUCAUAUAUGUUGCCCUUGAGCAUCUCUCUUCUUGGAAAUCGCUUAACGGGUCCGAUCCCCAAAGAGAUAGGAAACAUAAGCACUCUUAUCGAAUUGAAUGUCGAGAUUAAUCAACUGUCAGGUGCUUUGCCAUCGGAGCUUGGGAACCUAACCAGCAUUGAGAGACUUCUUCUUACCUCCAACAACUUUACUGGAGAAUUGCCUGCAACAUUUUCUAGGCUAACCUCGUUGAAGGACUUUCGGAUUGGUGACAAUCGCUUCAUGGGAGUUAUACCCAGUUUCACCCAGAGUUGGACAAAUCUUGAAAAAUUAUUUAUUCAGGCAAGCGGCUUGAUGGGGCCAAUUCCUACUAGCAUAAGUGGUUUAGAAAAGCUAAUUGACUUGAGAAUUAGUGAUUUAGAUGGUGGUCAAGCAACUUUUACACCACUUAGUAGGAUGCUCAAUAUGAAGACACUGAUACUGAGGAGUUGCAAUAUCGUCGGAGUACUACCUGAUUAUCUGGGGCAAAUGACAUCUUUGAUGACUUUAGAUCUUAGCUUCAACCAACUAAGUGGAGAAAUACCAAGUAGCGAUUCUGGUCUUGCAACGAUUAAAUUCAUGUAAUCAUGUCUUUGAGUGAUUAAAAUUAACUUUUUUUUGCCAUAAACUUCAGCUCUUUUGUUUCAUCAUGCUUAGAUUGUGCAACACCACUGGUACAUCUUCUAUAUUUCCUGAUGACUUAUUUAUGUUAAACAUGUAAUUAUAAAGCAUUUUUUUGUUU